AUGGCAUCCCUAUGUAUGAAUUCAUCGCUACCACUCUCUCCAUCUUCUCAUCCUCGCAACCUCACCCAAACCUCUCUUUCUUCUUCUUCUUUGUUUGUUGAUAACAACAACAACAACAAUCAUCAUAAUAGUCUUAGAACAACAAGUACAUUGAAACCUAUUGUUGUUAGUGGAUACCCUCCGACUUUUGUUUCCGCUCCCGGUCGCACUAUUCUCGCUGUUGGAGAUCUUCAUGGAGAUCUUAAGCAAGCUAGAUCUGCACUUGAAAUGGCUGGUGUGUUGAGCUCUGACGGUCAAGACUUGUGGACUGGUGGAGAAAAUGUGUUGAUUCAACUUGGAGAUAUAUUAGAUCGGGGCGAAGAUGAAAUCGCUAUCCUGUCCUUGCUGCGGUCAUUGGAUAAACAGGCAAAAGAAAACGGUGGAGCUGUGUUUCAGGUAAUUGGAAACCAUGAGACGAUGAAUGUGGAAGGGGAUUUUAGAUAUGUUGAAUCUGGUGGAUUUGAUGAAUGUAGCGAUUUCAUGGAAUAUAUCAUUAAUUCUGAACAUGAUUGGGAAGAAACAUUUACUGGUUGGGUCGAUGCAUCUGAAAAGUGGAAAGGAGAUCGAAAAAUGUCAACAAAUCAUUGGGGGUCUUGGAAUUUAGCGAAGAGGCAAAAAGGAGUCAUUGCCAGAUCAAUCCUCUUUAAGCCGGGUGGGCCAUUGGCAUGCGAGCUUGCAAGACACGCUGUUGUGCUUAAGGUUAAUGACUGGGUCUUCUGUCAUGGCGGCCUUCUUCCUCACCACGUUACAUAUGGCUUAGAGCGGAUGAACAAAGAAGUGUCUGAGUGGAUGCGAAAUCCAAGUAAGAAUGACGGUACUUUCCAAUUCCCUUCUAUUGCCACCAGGGGUUAUGACAGUGUUGUUUGGAAUCGGUUGUAUUCAAGUGACUCACCGGAUUUGAUGGACUAUGAGGCUAAUCAGGUAUGUUCCGUUCUCGAGGAAACACUGCAAGCAGUUGGUGCUAAGGCUAUGGUGGUGGGACAUACUCCUCAAACUAUUGGUGUAAAUUGUAAAUACAAUUGUAGCAUAUGGCGCGUAGACGUUGGAAUGUCCAGUGGAGUCCUUAAUUCAAGACCAGAGGUUCUAGAAAUUAUAGAUGAUAAAGCAAGAGUUAUUAGGAGUGAAAGGGAUACAUACAGUGAACCUGAGGCGGCUGCAUAUACUUAA